AUAUCUUGGCUCGGUAAUCCAGGCUGAUGGGGAGUUAGACGGGGAUGUUGGACAUCGUGUUGGAGUGGCUUGGGCCAAAUGGCGGUUGGCUUCAGGGGUAUUGUGUGACCCGAAGAUUUCGCCCAGGAUGAAAGGCAAGUUCUACCGAUCCGUAGUCAGACCUGCUAUGUUAUAUGGGGCAGAGUGUUGGGCGGUUAAGAAGACUCAUGUGCGUCGUCUGCAUGCGGCGGAGAUGCGGAUGUUACGAUGGAUGUGUGGGAAGACAAGGUUGGAUAGGAUUUCGAACGAAGUUAUCCGACGUCAGGUUGAGCCGGGGGUCUCUUGGAAACAGCCUCCCUGCUUCCAAGUAGGGGCAAGGUCUGCGUACACACACCCUCCCCAGACCCUACUGUAGUGGGAUCCAACUGGGUUGUUGUUGUUUAUAUUAUUCAUUUUCAAAAUAUUAUUUUAUCUACUUAAUAUAUAAUAUAUAUUUUAUUUAAUUAUAAGUCAAAUGUUGAAAAAAGUUAAUCAAAAAAAAGUCAAAACUGAACACAAAUAUUCAAGGACGGAGGUAGUAAUUAAAAAAAGAUUCUUCUCAUCCAUAAUUCCAACUACCCCCUCCCCCGCAAUGAUUAUAAAAAAUUAUUAUUCUUUCU